CUGGCCAAGGUUCGUUCCUUUGGUACAGAAGAUAGACCAACUGAUAGACCUAUUCCACCUCGCGAUGAAGUCUUUGAGUAUAUUAUAUUCCGUGGUAGUGAUAUUAAAGAUCUCACAGUCUGUGAGCCACCAAAGCCUCAGUGUUCUUUGCCACAGGAUCCUGCUAUUGUUCAGUCUUCACUAGGAUCUUCAACUACAUCUUCAUUCCAGUCCGUGGGAUCCUAUGGUCCUUUUGGUAGGAUGCCUGCAUACAGUCAGUUUAGUCCAAGCCCGUUAGUAGGGCAGCAGUUUGGUGCUGUUGGAGUUGGAGGUUCUUUAACAUCUUUUGGAACAGACUCUUCAGGCACUGCUAACUUGUCCCAGAGCACUGCAGUUGGUUCUGCAUUUACAACAGAUGCAAGGUCAUUAAAAUCACAGAUGUCUCAAGGUCGUUCAAGCCCUCAGAUCGAUCAUUUGAGAAGGAGCCCCACCAUGGAACAAGCAGUACAAACAGCUUCGGCCCAUUUGCCUACUCCAGCACCUGUCGGGAGAAGGAGUCCUGUACCAGCAAGACCUCUAGUGGCUGCUAGCCAAAAAGCGUUAGAGAAUCAGGAACACAGGCGAGCUGAAGCACACAAGGUUUCAAGAUCAGAAAAUGAACUCAGAAAUGAAAACAAACGGCAAAUUGUUCCAGGUGCACCUUCAGCACGGAGAGGUCGUGGAGGUCACCGAGGAGGCCGAGGAAGAUUUGGUAUUAGGAGGGAUGGUCCCAUGAAGUUUGAGAAAGACUUCGACUUCGAAAGUGCAAAUGCACAAUUCAACAAAGAGGAAAUUGAUAGAGAAUUUCAUAAUAAGCUUAAAUUAAAAGAAGAUAAACUUGAGAAACCAGAGAAGCCUGUGAAUGGAGAAGACAAAGGUGACUCAGGUGUUGACACCCAAAAUAGUGAAGGGAAUGCAGAUGAGGAAGAUCCUCUGGGACCCAACUGCUACUAUGACAAAACCAAAUCCUUCUUUGAUAACAUCUCCUGUGAUGACAAUAGAGAACGGAGACCAACCUGGGCUGAAGAGAGAAGAUUAAAUGCAGAGACCUUUGGAAUUCCACUGCGUCCCAAUCGUGGCCGUGGAGGCUUCCGAGGCAGAGGGGGGAUUGGCUUCCGAGGAGGAAGAGGGCGAGGAGGUGGAAGAGGUGGCUUCACUGCCCCCCGAGGAUUCCGUGGUGGCUUCAGAGGAGGUCGUGGAGGCAGGGAGUUUGCCGACUUUGAAUAUAGGAAAGACAACAAAGUUGCUGCAUAGUCUGCAAGAAACCUGAAACCGGGUGAACGCCUAGAUCUUCUUGAUCCAGAGAAUUAGUUUCAGUCUCUGCAAAGAAUGAAGUUAAUUUGCUGUAUACUUGUCACCAGCACUGGGAUUUAACUAUUUAAUUUCAAAGGGGUGUAAUGCAGUUACUUUUUGAAAAAUGGCCAUCUUUGAAAACAGUGAGCAUUAAAUAUAUUUGAGACAGAAGGAUAAGUAAUUUCUUAUGUAUAGUUAAUUAUAAAGCAGUACUUCGAUGGAGUUUAAGUAUUUUUUCAUCACUGAAAGGAUUUUUCUUAUUACUAAACUGUAUUUGAUAUUUGCUUCGAGUUGUAAGGACAAUUGUAUGCAGAAGGCCGUCGAUACUGUGAGUGCUUUGAUCCACUGAAGGUUGUUUUUUGGAAAUCCUGUAAUAUCCCUUUUGAGAUAGUUGUUCUUUAUCAACUAGGGUGCUGGACAGUAGAAAAUUUGCUUUGUCAGUGAAAUAUGUACACACAGUAAAUACUGUUUCUUAGGCAAAGGAAACUUUUUAUAUAGUUGUAAAAUUCCAUUAUAUCCCAUUGCCAAAGAAACAUUACAAACUUUGUAUAGCUGUAUAAAAAGCAACUAAUUUUUUAAAGAAUAAACAUUUUUAAGUCGGCAAACAUACUGUGUUAUUGCAAAAGUUGAUAUGCUGAAGAACACUGAAUUAGUUGGUUUUUUUUUUUCUUUUUUUUUUUCUUUAGCAGCUUUUCAGGCUUAAAUGUUUGAUUUUAUAUUUGGACUGUAAUGAAGAUUUGAAAAUGUUCUUCCAUUAUACAAAACUGGAUACAUUCUUCACUUCUCUUGCAAGAAAUUGAUUUUGUAGUUUCUGGCAUAUCACAGGAUUUGACCAAAUUAAGGAGAUAUUUUCGAAUAAGGGCAAAA